UGGUUGGCGGUGGUUGCUGUCAGUCAGUGGCGCAAGGAGGAAGCGGCCGGGAAGCGGGUUGGAGCAUCAUGGAGGUGGAGGAGGCAGCGGCGGAGAGAGGCAACCUGGCCGGAGUCCAGCACGUGGUUCUGGUGCUCUCAGGGAAAGGGGGAGUGGGGAAGAGCACCAUCUCCACUGAGCUAGCACUGGCUUUGAGGCAUGUUGGGAAAAAGGUCGGGAUCCUGGAUGUGGACCUCUGUGGCCCCAGCAUCCCUCGCAUGCUCAACGUGCAGGACCGAGGCGUCCACCAGUGUGACAGCGGCUGGGUGCCAGUCUUCGUCGACCAAGACAAAAGCAUCUCUCUCAUGUCCAUCGGCUUCCUCCUGGAGAAGCCGGACGACGCCGUGGUGUGGAGAGGGCCCAAGAAAAACGCUUUGAUCAAGCAGUUCAUCUCGGACGUGGCCUGGGGAGACCUGGACUUUUUGAUUGUGGACACGCCUCCCGGGACUUCCGAUGAGCACAUCGCAACUGUAGAAGUCCUUCAAGCAUAUGAGCCUCUCGGGGCAGUACUGAUCACAACACCGCAGGCGGUGGCUGUGGGGGACGUGAGGCGAGAGCUGACGUUCUGCAAGAAGAUGGGACUGAAGGUCAUUGGCAUCGUGGAGAACAUGAGCGGCUUCGUCUGCCCACACUGUUCGGAAUGCACAAACGUCUUUUCUAAAGGAGGGGGGAAAGAGCUGGCUCAGCACGCCGGAGUCCCGUUCCUUGGGUGCAUCCCCUUAGACCCUCAGCUCACCCGGAGCUUGGAAGAAGGCAGAGAUUUCAUCCAGGAAUUCCCCAAAAGUUCGGCCUUCCCUGCGCUGAUGAAUAUCACCCAGCAGAUCUUGAAUGCGGCGUCUCCUCGCAGCUUCUGAGACUGGCAUCGUUGCCGCCAGCCUCCCGGCAAGGUACAAAGCAGCAGCUUUUCAAAGGACUCAGCAAGGCGGGGAAGGGAGGGGAAGAGCUUUGGAAAGCAGCCAUGGUGAAGAUGCACCCCUCUGGGCAAAGGGCACACCUUUGAGCAGAUCUUCAGGCUGUUUGCUUCCCUGGGAAAUGACCGCAGAGUGACGUUUGGAGCAGCCGUUCUUGGAGUGACUGGCACCGCUGUUUGCCUGGCCCCGCAUUUCAGCUGCCGGGAACUCUGUGCAAUGGUGCUCCUACGCAGCUCCACACCGAGGACAGACGUGAGCUCUCCCUACACGCUUUAAUAAAAUUUGAGUUGUGGGAGCAGAACUGGGGCUACUCGGUACGUUCAUUUCAUCGCUCUGCAUCCCUCUUGCACAAAAGCCUUAUUAACUCGGUACGACGUGUCCCCCGCUGGGCGCAUGGAAGCCUUCCUGGGAGAGCCUCACUCGAUGGGCCUUGCUUCACUGGGUUUCCUUACUGCUGUGCAGGUUUAAUCAUGACUCAGGAAUUUUGGAGCGGGUAAAAAAGGCAUUAAACUGUUUCAACCGCCA